GUUGUACCUUCUCUUACUGAUUUAUGGUAUAGGACACAUGUGUCAAAGUCAAGGGCCCGCGAAUGAAUUAUUAUGGCCCCCGGGAUGAUAUUUGAUUAGUAUUAGAAUCGGCCCGCAGGUCACAGCCGCCUGCUGGGGUUUUACACGCACCAAUACUCCAUUCCCCACAAUGCAACAGAAGCCCGCGAACUCACUGUAGCGCUGGAAGCGGGACUCGGCUUCAUUAUUCAUCAGCAUUCAGAGCAGAUGUCAACUUUCAGCAACUCCCCUCCCCAAUAAUGGCUAAACGGAAGGUGUACGGUGAGCACAGGGAAUUUCAAGCCAGGUGGGAGGCAGAGUACAUGUUCACGGAGGUAAAAGGCAAACCUGUUUGUCUUCUGUGUGGAGAAAGUGUGGCUGUAAUGAAAGAAUAUAAUCUAAGAAGGCACUAUGAAACAUCUAAGAAACACAAAGACAGAGACAAGAAUAUGGACACGGAACAAAGGCUACAGAAGGUGGAAGAAUUAAAACGAGGUCUGAAGUCCCGGCAGGCUUUGUUUACAAAAGCAAAAUCACAAAGCGAGGCUGCUGUUAAGGCCAGUUUUCUUGUGGCAGAAGAAGUUGCAAAAUCAGCCCGACCAUUUAGAGAGGGAGAGUUUAUCAAAAGCUGUAUGCUUAAAGUUUGUGAUGCAGUGUGCCCAGACAAAAGGCAGCUAUUUUCAAACGUGAGCCUGAGCAGAAACACCGUUGCUGAACGUGUAAACCAGCUGUCCACCAAUCUAAAAGAACAGCUUGUGGAAAAGGGAAAAGAUUUCAUUGCAUAUUCCCUUGCUGUGGAUGAGAGCACUGACACAACUGACAUUGCCCAGUUGUCAAUUUUCAUUCGUGGAGUGGACUCCAGCCUGACCGUAACAGAAGAGUUUUUGGCGUUACGUCCGAUGCAUGGCACGACUACAGGACAAGAUCUGUAUGAAGAGGUAUCCAGAUGUGUAAAUGAGAUGGGACUGCCUUGGGAAAAACUCGUGGGAUUGACAACAGAUGGAGCACCCGCGAUGUGUGGACACAGGAGUGGAUUGGUGGCAAGGAUACGUGAGAGGAUGCGGGACGAAAAUGUUACAGAGGAGCUGACAGCUUACCACUGCAUAAUACACCAGGAGUCGUUAUGUGGCAAAGCCUUGAAAAUGGAACAUGUAAUGACCAUCAUAACGCGUGCAGUUAACUUCAUCAGAGCCAAAGGUUUAAAUCACCGCCAGUUCAAGGCAUUUCUGGGCGAGUUAGAUACAGAGUAUGGUGACUUGCCCUAUCACACAGAUGUGCGAUGGCUAAGCUAGGGAAAGGUGCUGCAAAGAUGUUUCGAGCUUCGUGAGGAGAUCUGUCUGUUCAUGGAAAGCAAGGGGAAAGACACAACAGAGCUUCGAGAUGAAACAUUUAUGUGUGAAAUGGCCUUUCUGUGCGACAUCACAAGCCAUCUGAAUGUGAUGAACCUGCAACUGCAGGGACGGGGGCGUGUCAUCUCUGAUAUGUACAGUACGGUGAAGGCGUUUAAAACCAAGCUGAGUCUGUGGGAGACGCAGAUGCAGAAAGAAAACCUGAGCCACUUUCCCAGCUGCCAGACCAUGAAAGACAAGCUUUCUACCGCUGUGUUCCCAAGUGCACAGUUUGCCGAUAAACUCAACAUACUUGCCGCUGAGUUCCGACGCCGAUUUGCUGACUUUGAAGCUCAAAAAAGCAGGUUCGAACUACUUGCCAAUCCUUUUGGAGUUGAUGUGGAAAGCGCACCACCAAACCUCCAAAUGGAGUUGAUUGAGCUCCAGUGCAAUGACACACUGAGGGAAAAAUAUGAGAGAGUGGGUGCCGCUGAGUUUGCACGUUUCAUCCCCGACGCAAUGCCUCAGCUGCGCAUCCAAGCUGCUCAGACGCUCUCCAUGUUUGGCAGCACAUACCUGUGUGAACAAUUGUUCUCUUUGAUGAAGCUAAACAAAACAUCACACCGGAGCCGUCUUACUGAUAAACACCUUGACUCAAUUCUGAGGAUUUCCUCAGCUCAGAGCCUGACCCCGAACAUUGAUGAACUCGUACAAAAGAUGAGACACCACCAAGUAUCAGGCUCAGACAAGUGAGCAUCGCAGAAGAUUUAUGUAUUUUUAGUUUUUAAUUCAGUUAAAUUUUUUUAGAUUUGUUUCUACAAGAUAUGAUUUUUCUUUGAAGGAAGUAUUGUUUUGUCUGUGUGCCAUAGAUUUUUGUAUUUUAUCUUAUUGUAUUUUAUUUAUUUAUAUUUAUUUUUCAGUUAAUAGACUCAGGGAAAAUUGCAGAUAAGAGCCAUGAGAAAGAAUACAACUGAUUUGAUUUUUUUUUUUCAAUUUUCUCUUUUUACUAUUGGAAAGCAGUGAUUGGUAGGAUAUUGCACUUUCAGUUUAUAAUGCAUGUAAUUUCAUUUAUGCAUUCAUCUUAAUAUUAAGGAGCAUAUUUUGUUUAUGAAUAACAUUUACUUUUUUGCUGUUUGCCUGUUGAAAAUGUUUUCUUUCAAAAUAACUGAGAGCCAUGAGAAAAUAUUGCUUUAUUCAUUUAAUGUACAGGACAUGCAAUUUUUCUUUGAAGUAAGUUUGUUUUUGUCUGUGAGCCUGUUGAAAAAUGUUUUCACUUAAAAUUACUGACAGAGCCAUAGAAAAUAUUGGAUUAUUCAUUUAAUCGUUAAAUAAUAUACACUGUGUUAGGUCUUGGUUCAAUAGGUUAUGUGCAAUCAUUUUAAUAUGUUUUAAUAAACAUUGAACCAGUUCGGCCCUCAGCUUGUAGCAAAUUUCUUUUUUU